CACAUAAGGUUACACUUAGGUUGCUCGUGAGUUUGACACCCAUGUAAUAUAAAUAAUAAUAAUAACGGUGAUGGUGAUGAUGAUGAUGAUGCUACAGAACAGGAGUGUAUAUAAUAGUGUGUACAGGUCAGACUCCACUGAGAGAGUGACAGUGGGGAACGCAGUGAGGCCGCCGAGCACUGCACAUCCAAUGGAGCUGUGCGGAUCCCCAUCCCACCCCAGCUUACUGAUCGCAUUUAUCACCGUUCACAUGGUCUUCAGGGAUGGACGACGAUCUGGUGUGUGAAUAUGACUCCACCUGGGACACGGAGAGCGACGGGGACGAGCUGGAGAACACGGCUCGCAGCAAGAAAACACGGCCCGCUUUCUGGUCCAACUCCUCCUCAAGAAACCUCAGAGCGGCCAAGGACAUGCAGAACUACAGACACGGAUAUCCAAACAUCAAUGAAGAGGAAUGUCCAGAAGAAAGAAUGAUUAAUUUAAAAUUCUAUCUCAAUGAAAUUAAAUCAUCACCUGAUGAUGUGUCAAUUGAGACAUUUCACACCGAGUGGAGAACUGAUUACAAAAGACUGGAGAGAGUUCACUCCUACAUUCAGUGGUUGUUUCCUCUGCGAGAGCCAGGAGUGAACUACAUGGCUGCAGAGCUCACCAAGAAGGAAAUCCAAGCCUUCAGGGAGAGCGAUGAAGCUAAGAGUCGUCUUCUGGAUUCCUACGAGCUCAUGCUCGGUUUCUACGGCAUACAGCUGCUCAACAGAGACACCGGGGAGGUGAAGCGCGCCGAGAACUGGAGGGAGCGAUUCGCCAAUCUAGAGAGAAACAUGCACAAUAAUCUCCGAAUCACAAGGAUACUUAAGAGUCUGGGAGAGCUCGGUUUUGAGCAUUUCCAAGCCCCUCUGGUGCGCUUCUUCCUGGAGGAGACCCUCGUCAGGAAGACCCUCAGCAGUGUUAAACGCAGCGUGCUCGACUACUUCCUGUUUGCCGUGCGGGACAAGCGUGAGCGCAGGAAGCUGGUGCGCUUCGCCUUCCAGCACUUUGAGCCCAAAGACAAGUUUGUGUGGUGCCCCAGAAAAAUCCAGAAACGCUUCAAGAAGAAGUCAGAGAAGUGGCAGAAUUCUUCAGCUGGCAGUGGAGAGAGCGCAGCGCAGGACGAAGGUCAUUCACUAUACAAAAACAAGGAUGGAGAAGCCGCAAGUGAGCCAAAACAUAGCAAGCCUGUCACUGAUCUCACAGAUGCAAAGAAGCAAAUCGACAAUGACUCCAUAAAGAAACACUCUGAGGGCUCUUCAGAAGAUCAGGAGCCCAAUCCAGAUGCUGCUUCUGUAGAAUUAGCUCUCAGUAAUGGCACCGGUGUUAACAAGGGAGAGACUGUCAGUGAUGAACCAAGCAGUGUUGAAGGCCAGCAAGUCAUCCAAAAACCGAUGGAGGCCUCGGAUGCUAGUUGUGAGCGUGUAGCCGGUUCUAGCACAGGAUCAGCAGACUGUGACGACACACUGCUCUGUUCUGCUGACUCCCAGGAGGAGCCGGAAGGAACUGCCUCAGGGACGAGUGAGGACAGGACGGUGACUGACAGCCCUAAACACAAUUCCCCAACGCAGUCUGAGAAGAUUCCCAGGCCUGGCUUGACAAUGAUGAGUGUCCAAUCAGAGAGCCAUGAGAAGAACGCAGCGAACUGUAACCAGUCAAAUGGAUUGGAGAAGGAAGAGCCAAUGGACAUUGUGGACACGAGUUCAUACCUCACCCAUGAAUGACUCCUGAACAUGAUAAAGCACUGAAAAUCGACACUUUAUGAACUUACAACAAGAUGAGAUAUGAACUGAGUGAUUUUUUUUAAAGAAGGGGUUCAUUCAAGCACGUUUUCUGUGUGGUAUUUCAGUUAUGAUGGGACCAAAUGUACACCUGUCUUGUUAUAGCUGGGGUUUUUUUUUUUCUAGUUUGAAUGUUUAUUUGUCUAGUUUUUCCAAGCUUUUUUCUUUUUCUUAAACUGAAACUGUGAAAGAGGAAUGUGCAUUCAACUAAUAAGAAUCAACUAUUGAUGAGAAUAUUUCCAGAGUAAAAACAUAGUUAGGAUUCUGUUUUUCAGCAGAUAUACUGUAUUUUUAAUGAUAUCCCUGAAUUCAAAUGAAGGAGCUUGUCUUUUGCCAAGCUAAUGGAAAUUUCUGAGUUCAAAAUUGUUAAUUUUGCAUCUGCAAUCAUAAGCUAUAGAAGCAUUAAUAAGCCCUAUGAUCAGACUUUGUAUAAAUCAAUUCCUUAGUGAUUCUUUGAAUGUGUAAAUCCAAAUUUAAACUCUUCCCACAGUACCAUAAAUUAACAGUUCAUGAAGCAUUCUAGAAUAAAUAAUAAUGAAAAAAUUGAUUUAAUGUUUAUAUUUAGUUUUUCUGUUGUUUUAAAAUAAUAACAAUAAUUAAAUUGUACUUUCUUUUUGCUCAAUUGCUGAAGCUUAGUAAUAAUAAAGGCAGAGGAACUA